AUGGGUGUACCAGAAGAGUAUCAACAAAUUCCAAUAAACCAACCACAACAACAACCACAACAACAACCACAACAACCACAACAACAACAACAACAACAAUAUCAUCCACAACAACCACCACAGCAACCAUCAUCAUCACCAGUACAACAACUAUUAAAUCAAAAUUAUGAUGUAAAUUCAUAUACACCAUCAAUUGUAAAAACCCAACAAUAUAAAUUAGCCUAUGAAAAAGGUCAUUUCAAUUUUAUGAAUGGUUUUUCAAAAAUAUACCCAAACGAAUUAAAUAAUAUAUUAACACCAAAUGAAUAUAAUGAUCUUGUAAUUGAACUUAAUGAUAUAUGCCAACAAGAUCCAAGAAAAUUAAUUUUAGCAAUUGUUAUAGGUGUUAUCUUAAUUAUUGUUGUACCAUUUUCAAUCGUUUUAUCACUUAUUUUAAUUCCACUUGCUAUACUUUUAUUUUAUAAAAGAAUGGAUGCCAAAAUGCAAAAAGUUAUAGAAAAAUAUAAUUGUAGUUUAAUUACACGUGGUAUCUAUAUUAACAUUGCUAAAAGAAUUGAAAGAAGAGAUGUUUUAAUUAAUUAUCCAAUUGAAUUAGCUUAUUCUUUACAACCACAACAACAACCACAAGUUCCAUUAUAUGUUCCACAACCAUAUCCACAACAACAACCACAACAACAACAACAACAACCACAAAUGAUGGUUUUUAGUCAACAACCAAUGAAUAAUGCUGUUGUUGGUGAUAAUAUUACCCUUUUAGAUAAAUAUUAA